UCUCACUCGGGUCCAGUCCGAUGCUCUCACUCGGGUCCUCUCACCUCUGCGUACAUGUGAUUACUUCUUAUUUAUUUAUUUGCUUAUUUUUUUUUUGUCUUCAACUUUUUUUACCCCCAUUAUCCUGCUGUGCUCUUCCUAAAUUGGCCACAGAAUGUUAAUUACAAAGAUCGAAGCCAAGCAGGCCUGUGAUUGGCUCAGAGCGGCCGGCUUCCCCCAGUAUGCGCAGCUCUUCAAAGAGUGCCGCUUCCCUGUCGACUUAGACUGGGCCAAGAAUGACCACGCCUUCCUGGAUCAGGAUGCGAUGGAUUCCCUCUGCAGGAGGCUGAUUACCUUAAACAAAUGUGUGGAGAUGAAUCAGGAGAUGGGCCGGGGGAAGAGAUGGAAUGAGGACUCUGAGGAGGAAGAGCCAUGUGCCAUCAGCACCAAAUGGACCUUCAACCGCAAGGGCAGUUCAUAACCCGUCAGGGAUGACUCUGACCUUCCUCCCCUGCCCAGGACGCCGCUUGCGGGCUGUAGCGAGGCCUCUCUGGGCCGAGAAGAUGGCGAGACGCAGGAGGCCUGUUCCACUCGGAGCUCCAGCAGCCUCGACAGCGAGGGACCCGCCGGAUUCAAGAUGGCCGAAGAGGCGUGUCCCAGUCGUAGCUCCUCCUCUCGCUGCUCCUCCUCCUCCUGCGCUAAGCCCUCCCCCUCCCCCUCCCCUCAGCUCCUUCCCUCUCUCCAGAAGCCCCCCACUAAGAAGGCCCCAGCCUCCCCUGCGCCCAAGAUGGGCGGCUCGUCACCGGGGCCCGCCUUCGCCCCUCGGCGGGUCAGUCAGGCGGGCCGCAGCCUGGGCCGGUCCAAGCUGCUGAUCAGUGGCCCGCUUCUCCAGGAGGGCCCGGUCCAGGAGCGGCUCCGAGAGCUGAACUGUCUGGACAUUGCGGAGCUCCAGGGUAAAGCGCCGAGCCCCGGUGCCACCUCCUCCUGCUCCUCCUCCUCCUCCUCCUCAGGGUCCAGCAGGGCUUCAGAGAGCGGGAGUGCAUAGCACCCCAAGCCCCCGUGACCGCUGCUGCGGGGAACGUCAGCAGACCGGCCCUGGAACCAGACCCAGGACCAAGCGCAGAACCAGAACCAGAACCACGGCCAGGGUCUUAAGGAGUCCGAGAGCAAGAGCAGCGAGCAGGACCUCAACAACCAGCGGAACCGGCAGCACCAGACACUCUUCCGCAUCCCCGUGGGCUACAAGCCGGGCACCUUCCCCGCCGCGCUGACCCAGGGUCUCGCUCCGCUCUGCCCAGUCCACCACACCGCUGUCAACUGGAGGACUGGCAGUUCCACGGGCACUACGCCCGCCCGUUGCGUGGCGGGCUCCUCCACCUGCAGCCCCUGGCAGCCGCCGACCACAGCCCGGUAUCUCAUCUACGCGACAUGUUCAGGCGUCCACUCUCGGCGAGGACAUGUUCCGGCGCCAGACGGUGCGAUGGAGCGCAUCAAUGGCCUGCAGCAGCUGGGUGGCCACCUGGGCCGAGGAGCUGUCCGACCACGGCGGGGGGCCUCUGACUUCAGCAACCGCUCAGCUCACCUGGCCAGCGACGCCCACCUGAGGUUAACGGGCCCAGGCGGAGGAGAGGGACGCCGAGGAGUCCGCCCUGCACACUGCCUUCUGCUCCAGCUCACUGGCCUCAUGGACCGCCUGUCCCCCACCUGCAAGCAGGGCUGGAUCUGGACGGGCCCGGGUCUGUGCAGACCCCUGAAGAAGCAUCAUCACCGGAACCGGAAGGUGUUUGGGGUCCCCCUGCUGCAGAGCGUCCAGGCGUCCGGUACUCCACUGCCCCCCUGCAUCCUCAGGGCCAUGCAGCACCUGAAGACCCAGUGCCUCAACCAGGUUGGACUGUUCCGGAAGCCUGGUGUGAGGUCACGCAUCCAGAGCCUCCGGGAGAUGGUGGAGGCCGACCCAGAAGGAAUCUCCUUCGAGAGCCAAUCAGCUUUUGACGUGGCAGACAUGGUGAAGCAAUACUUCCGAGACCUUCCAGAACCUGUGUUCACUGAGAAACUCAACGAGUCCUUUCUCCACAUCUACCAGUACUUCCCCAAGGACCAGCAGUUUGCGGCCGUCAGGGCGGCCAUCUUCCUCCUGCCGGACGAGAACCGAGAGGCGCUGCACUCUCUGCUCCUGUUCCUCAGGGAGGUGGCCGCCAGCCGGGACGAGAACCAGAUGAGCCCCACCAACAUCGCCGUGUGCCUGGCCCCCUCACUCUUCCACCUGUCCAUGCCCCGCACCGCCAGACACGGACGCACAUGGAAACACAGCCUGGUGAAGCCUGACCAGAGAGACCUGAGUGAAAGCCUGGCAGCCACACAGGGACUGGCACAUAUGCUGAUGGAGGCCCCUCGCCUCUUCCAGCUGCCCGGGUCCAGCCUGCAGGUGGAGACCAGCUCUGAGCAAAACCAGGAGCAGAACCAGGAGCAAGACGAGGGGGAGGCGUGUGCCCGUCUGCGGAAGUCUGCCCACGGGCUCAUCUCAGAGACCAAGGAGAAGACCAAAGGCUGGACAAGCUGCCCCAGCGUCCACCAGCACGUCGACCUGGCCUACAAGAAGGUGGAGGAUGGGCAGGCUCUGCGUCUGUGGCGGGGCAGUGUGGAGGUGGACGCUCCCCAGCAGGUGGCGCUGCAGCGUGUGCAGAGGGAGCAUGAGGCCUGGUCUGGCGAGGAGCCUCUCCUGGACACGCGGGUGCUCCAGACCCUGGACACGGACGCAGAGGUGUACGCAUACACACUACAGGGAGCCGGCAGCAGACCCCCUCUACAGCACGUCUUACUCAGAACGUGGCAGUCGGAGCCCUCGGCGGGCCCUCUCUACGUGGCGUCCACGUCAGUGGAGCAUCCGGACGCUCCACAGCAGGGCCCCAGGGCUCAGGUGCACACCUGCCUCUACCUGGUCGAGCCCCUCGGGGUCAAGAGGUCGCGAGUGACGCACUUCUGCAGAACAGACACCAGGGGCAGAUCGUCCGAGUGGCACAAUAAGGUGUGUGGGAACCAGCUGGCAGCCUGCCUGCAGAGGCUCAGGGACUCCUUCAGGGCCAAGGCCAGAGAUGGACACCUCUGACCACAACACACACACACACACACACACACACACACACACACUUCCUGCCAGAGAUGGACGCCUCUGACAACCACCCACACACACACACACACACCACAAAGGCCAGAGAUGGACGCCUCUGACCCCGACCCGAAAAUAUACACACACACACACAGGCCAGAGAUGAACGCCUCUGACCCCCCCCCCCCUUACUCACACACACACACACACACCACACAGGCCAGAAAUGGACACCUCUGACCACGACCCGCAAAUAUACAGACACAUACAUACUGAAGGACUGUCAAUAAUAUACUUCAAGGCCAAGGCAAGAGAUGAACGCCUUUGACCACGACCCCCC